GUUUCUGGAUAUAGUUGGUGUAUAAACUUCCACAUGCUUUUAACAGCAAGGGAAAUGGGUUAUGUGUUCACCUGUGGAAUGGGUGGGGUUUUUAAAAAAAAUGUUUUUUAAGUGUACAGUUUACCAGUUUCCUCACUCAAUGCCUGUGGCUCAUGAAAUUGCUCCAACUGACAAGUUGGUUAAGAUAGCCUCAGAAAGGGAAACUGGUGAAAGAGGAUGCAUGGCCUACUAAAGCUUCAAAAGACCUUGGUAUAACUUGGGUUCACAACCCUGCCUGAUUCCCCUGUCCUGCCCAAUAUUAGCAGUUUUCCCUAAACCGACACCCUUAGCUCCAAGGCUUCUAAUUGGCUCGUUAACUAAAUCGGGUGUUGGGAGUUUCAGAGAAGACAUGAGUGUGCAGGAUUGGGGGUACUCCAGGACCAAGGAUGGGAACUUUUGGGUUUGGUAUCUAGUUGUCCCUAGAGUGCUGUUGAGAAUCUGGUGUAUUUGAGCAUGGAGGACAUAUAGUGCUGAGGUUUCUACCGUGAGAACCGGGGACUUCUAUACUUCUGGAUUUGCUGGAAAUGAGUUGGGCCUGCAAGGGAGAAGUUUUGUCUGUGUUCAAUUUGAAAUAAAGCUGUUGUCUGUCUCUCUUAUUGUUUGUACACAAACAUUUACAUCUUAUUCGUUUAGCAGGCCCUUUUAACAUUAGUGUGAAGCAUGAGAACAUUAACACUGGUUAUUUAAUAUGCAUACUUGAAUUAUUAGACUCAAUAACACACCAGGGAGUCUCUUGUAUAUGUGUCUUUAUCUAUCUCUCCCACACACUCGAAUAAGUUUUGAAAAACACCCUUCGUCAAAAUGGGACUUCCCCUCAGACAAUACACGCCCCCUUUACUUCUUCACAAAUAGGAAAGAGCCCACUACGUGUCGAAAGUGCACAUGCGAGUUUUUCAUUUUAUUUAUUUAUUUAUUUUUUAAAUAAAGAAACUUAUUUGCACACCCCAACGCGUUCAGAUACUUCUAUCAGAAUCAAUUAACUUCCAUCGAAGCAGGCAAACGGCUCGGAGUACUAUGUGACAUUAAAAACACAAUCCCUGGGGCCUUUCAAGCACGCCUUCCAAAUCCCAAUCGACUCCCUUUAUAAGGGCCCUACAUAGGGUGCACAGCAAUAGAAUGAACGGCAGCUCUCGCGCACUGCUUCUCAGACAGGCGCUUAUAUUCGCAUCCGCCCGAUUCAACAUGGCGGCGCACUAGGAAGCUUUGCUGUAAGAAAGAGAAAAAGAAAGCUCGGAAACGCGCCGAGGGGGUCAAAAAAAGAGCCGCAAAACACCAACGAACUCUGAACCAAAGCGAAAUAUUAUAGUGUUGAAUAAAACCUCUUUGAAUGAGCGUGGUUAUGAAAAGGUCUCAGCGUGACCAUGCUGAGGUCCACCGGGUUCUUCCGUGGGCUUGACUGCCCGUUUUACACCGGAGGUGGUGACGGGGAAAGUGGCUGUAACAGACCGUACUGCCACUUCAGACACAGCAACAGCAGACACAGAGCAUCCUCUGGAGUGUAUGAGAUCGGAAAAGCCAAAGACGGUCCACCCGACUCGAACAACCAAGGCUAUGACCCGUUUAACCCCGAGGUGGUCCGGCCCGUUGAGAAAUACAAUGCAGAGCCCCCAGCAAGCCCAGUUAUGGAUCCAGGAGCCACGGAGCUGGAACUGGUCAACCGGGCCAUCGAGGCCGUCCAGAGCGAAAUGGAGAAGGAGAAGAAGAGGCUGUCUCGGAUCGGCGAGCAGGGAUACGAUCCUGCAAACAGCUCUAUCAAGGCGGGUUACAGCAGACAGGCGGUCGCUGCCGUGUCGUCCCAUAGUGCUUACGAUCCGGGGAGUUAUCAGAUGAGCCAGUCGUCUGAGUACAACCCGACUCCUCGCUCCAGCAAAUACACGCUGGACUCGGAGAACAACAACAGCAGCAGCUACGCAAACUCAAUGGAGUACGUCCCUACAGCUGUCUCCAGAGUAGCAGCGAAAAAAGCAGCACCUGCUCCAGUGUCCCGUAUCCCCACUACCUGCUCGUCUUCCUCAAAGAAUAAGUACACGCUGGACAAUCUGAGGCCGCCGACGGACAUGGAGUAUGAUCCGAUGUCAAACUUUUCCGCUAAACCGGGCGCCAAGGGCGUGAAGGCUGUAGGGAUGGAGGGAGACGGGAGGAAAAGAGUUCACCCCAGAUGGCAGAAGCAAAGCACGGAUGAGGAAUACGUCCCCGUGGCGAAGAAGCCGAGACGGCUUCCGGUCAAAGAACCCCAGAAGUACAUGGCCGACUAUGAGUCUGACGAAGAAAGUUCUGGAAACGAGUAUCGGCCCACGCCGAAGAGCCGCCUGCAGAGGAGGAUGAGCAGCGCCGACUCGGCGGACAACGAAAAAAGGAAAUCUAGAGAAACGGGAGCCUGUAGACAGCCACCAGCUCAGGAAUUCACGAUCGACGGUGACGAAGACGAAGAAUCCGACAGCUUCGAGCCGCUCGAUUCCGAGCAGCCGGAUGACGAGCCACCGGAUAAAAAGUGGACCAAGAACAGCAUCCAGGCGAAGAAAGUCCCGAGCGAAAAAACAGUGAGGAAAGAGCUGACCGAGUCCGUCAAGAAGAGCAGCAGCCAUAAAGAGAAGAAAGGAAGCAGCGGCACGGAGAAGACCUCGAAGAAGCCGAGUCAGGAGAGCGUGAAGAAGGAGAAGAGCCAUGGCAAGGUUGUAGAAGAGAAAGGCAUGACCAAAGACUCGGAAAAAGGAGGAAAAGGAUUGAAAUUGAAGGACGCGAAAAGCAAGAAGCCCGACAAGAAGAAAGGAGAGCAGAGCCAUGGAGAUAAAGAGCGAAAUAUUGGCGAGGCCAAGAAGCCCAAAGUGGACAAGGUGCACCAAAGCGUCAAAGAAUCCAGCAAGUACAAGGAACAGAAGAACGGGAGAAUAGAAAGCGGUGGACGAGAGAAGGACAAAAAGAAAAGCAGCAGCAGCAGCAGUACCACCACCACCAGCACCAGCACCGCCAGCAGCAGCAAAGACAAACACAAGAAGAGCAGCUCGUCUCUGGGGAAGAAGGACGCCAAAGCGGCGAAGGUCAAGCCGCGCUCGCUGAGUCACGCCGACCUGUUCGGAGACGAGAGCCCAGAGGAGGAGGACGAGGAGGACGAGGAGGACGAACGGGUAGUCAGGAAGUCCGCUUCGGCGUUCAAACGAAGGAGCCUGGUUAACAAGAGGAAAGCGUCCGAUGCCACGGAGACGUCGUCAGGCGAGGAUAUCGGGCCUGGGGACGAAGACGAACACGGACACGGCGAUGACGGCGAUGCCGCGGACUUUCCUAUGCUUCAGGAGGACGUCGACUACGACUCGGAUCCUAUGGAGGAGUGUCUGAGGAUCUUUAACGAGUCCGGAUAUGUGAAAACGGAAGACAAAGGCAGGCAAGCUAAACAGCCUCCUAAAGAGAAGGAGGAAGAUCCAGACGCACAGAGCACUUUAACCACACUUUUCCCUGGCCAGAAAAAGAGAGUUUCACAUUUCAAAGCCAAAGGAAGUACGGAGCCGUCGCUGAACGUCCUGCCCAAGCCUCAGCGCAGACUGACCGCCCAGGAGGUGUGUUACCAGCGCAUGCAGAUCGCUCAGCAGCAGGCCGCGGAGCUCGCCGCAUCCGCCGCCAAGAACGCAUCUCCUGCAUCACGUCCCCUCUCCAGCGCCGCAGCGUCAGGCGAGAAACGCAGGGUGAUGCACCGCCCGAACCCCGCCCUCGUCGCCGCAAAAAAACCCGAGUCGCAGCAGGCUAGCCGUGGUGUUUUAUCACCCAGCAGAGCUGUACCAGAUCAUUCGGCGGUCAGAGCGCACACGUCAGCCACCAUGUUGCCCAAAACCGUGUCCACUUCGGCGCAAAAGAGAGUGGCACACACUCCUACACUCAAGAGCUCUUCUAUGAAGCGGCCAAUCAUCCCCACCGAGUUCGGAGCGAAAGUGCCCACGAACGUACGCCAGCGCUACCUCAGCGUCUUCAUCGACGAAUGUCUUAAGUUUUGCCCGUCGGAGGAGGCCUCUUUCCAGAUGGCCCUGGAUGAGGAGAAGCUGGUGUAUGAACGGAGCAGCAGUAAAAACAUCUACCUGAACGUCGCAGUGAACGCGCUGAAGAAACUGCGCAGUAAGAGCGCGACGCCCUCCGCUCCAUCACCCCCUGCUGCCUCCCUGUCCACCGGGAAGUCCGCUGUGCCUGUAAGGAGGAAAUCUCAGUCCCACGAGGGGGUUCUGGGCGGCCGUCUGGCAGCCACGACCAGCUACACCAUCAACCGCACGGGCAAACAGCAGGACGUACAGCUCAAAGGUGCAGUUCUCUACUGGAAACUGAAAGCGUACGUUUUGAGUGAGGAACAGCUGCAGGAACACGGUUACCCGAGACCUCAUCCUGAGCACCUGGGCCACGCCGUCAUCUAUAACGCUCCAGAGAAGAAAAACCAAGACCCCUUCGCUAAAGUGUGCUGCCGCUGUGGAGCCGAGUACAAAGUCAACGCCAGCGGCAGCUGCGUCCGCAAAGAGGAGUGUAACCACCACUGGGGCAGAUUACGCAGAUACAAAGUGUCUGGAGGCUGGGAGACGCAGUACAACUGCUGUUCGGGUGCUGUUGGCUCUCCUGGAUGUCAGGUGGCUAAACAACACGUGCAGGACAACCGCAAAGAGUCUUUAGACGGCUACGUAAAGACGUUCAGCAAACCCUCAUCGUCUGAUGGAAACGCAGGAGUGUACGCUCUGGACUGUGAGAUGUGCUACACAAAGCAGGGUUUGGAGCUGACCAGGGUGACCGUCAUCAACUCUGACCUGAAAGUGGUUUACGACACGUUUGUGAAGCCAGAGAGCAAAGUGGUGGACUACAACACACGGUUCUCUGGUGUGACGGAGGAGGAUCUUGAGAGCGCCACGAUGAGGCUAAGAGACGUGCAGGCCGUCUUACUGAACAUGUUCAGUGCAGAGUCCAUCCUGAUUGGCCACAGCCUGGAGAGCGAUCUCUUUGCCCUUAAGCUUCUGCACAGCACCGUCGUCGACACGGCUGUGGUCUUCCCUCAUCGCCUCGGCCUGCCGUACAAACGCGCCCUGCGCAACGUCAUGGCCGAUCACCUCAAACGCAUCAUCCAGGACAACGUGGAGGGCCACGACUCCAGCGAAGACGCCGCCGCCUGCAUGGAGCUCAUGAUAUGGAAGAUCAAAGAGGACGCCAAAGUCAAGAGAUGACCUCUGACCUCACGGACGUCCCUGUUUUCCCAUCACACCCAGCACUGAGCACGCAGAGCGAGAGUGAGAGAGGGAGAGAAAGCAAAGUGAAGCUGUGUUGAGUCCGUUGUUGCUCCAGAGAGAGAAAGCGAGAAAGCAGAAACGAGAGUGAAGGAGAAAGAAGGAAAGACGUCACUGCUGUCUGUAGAUUGUGAGUUUGUGCAGAUUCGGCUGUUAAUCCGACACGCGUACUUCCCGAGGCGAAUCCUGCCUCGAACAACAGCGCCCUCUUCUGGAAGGGGGGGGGGGCGUCUGUGGGCGUGUCUUCGAGUCCAUAUAUGGAUGUGUCUGAAGUUUUACGAUUGUAUUUUCUGAAAUAUUCUGUCAAGCUAGCUCUUGUUAAUCAUCAAGUCGUGAAAACGUUUUAUUUUGUAUUUUUAUAAAAGCAUUCCAGAAAUCCUGUCAGGUGAAUUCAUGCUAGCUAGUAUAUUUGUGAAAAUACAUGUAUGAAUGCCAAAGCCUUUCUGUGGACUCGGACACGCCCACAGUUCCAUCUAUGGUCUUGAAGGAACACCCACUUAGAGCUGCUGCAUUUUUUUUUUUUUCUUUUUUUAUAUCUUUUUUUUUUUUUUUUUUUUUUUUUUCCCCGGACUGAACGACGCACCUUGUGCCGUCUGCAGUAUUUCUUUUCAGGCUGUCUCUCUCUCAGCCUCGUUUAAACUCGAAAGAGGGGGACAAAAAAAAAAGGUCGAGGCAUGGUCCGGGCUCGUGCUAAUUUAUUUUCACGUCUGCACGUCAGUUUCGAUGUGGCAGGAAAUCGGAUGAGGUUUGCUGCUUAGAAAGGCUUUAUGUUGCACUGUAUUAAAUCCAUACAUAAUCUCGGUAAGUGAUGUUUAUUUAAGUAAGUCAUACAUUAAACACCUGAGUUUAGCAAGUUGAGCAUUUUAGUCAGGUUCACCUCCUGCAUGAGUUACUGACGCGAACAUCUGCUCAGCUCUGGACCUGGCAUCGUGCAUCGCAAGCAGGCGACAUUCGGUAGUUAUGAACCUACAACGUGACCAAAAAAACCGAGUCGGAUCCACCAGUAAGAGCGCGUCGUCGUUAUACAGUGUGAAUAGUUUGUGCACCCGGACGAACGACGCGGGCCGAGGGUCGGCUGUUGACCAGACUCCGACCCAACUUUCUCACUACCGAGAGACAAAACACUCGUGUCGCUUGUAGUUUGCAGGCAUGUAACAACCGCUAUUGUUGUCACUUGUGGGCGUGGCCUGUCUGGCAUUUUUUUUCAAUAAGAAACAGUAGUAAUAAUAAGGCUAAUUAUUUAAAUAGAAUUUCGCCAAUUCAAGUAGUUUUCCACAAAAAUAAAAGCACAAAAACUUAGCAAAAAGUAUAUUUAAAAAAAAAAAAAUCGUAAAUUAAAAAAAAAAAAAAAAGCCGCAGCGAUAAUCACACAUUUUUGGCUGUCACUAAAAAAAAAAAAAAAAAAACCUCUGCGAAAUCCCGUGCUUACACCUUACGUGCUCGGCUUCGUCGGAAGAUUAGCGACGCAAGCUAGCUAGGUACGCUCGUCAGAGGCCCCACCCGUCUUUGCUGCUUCCUUCCACGUUUUAUUUUCCUUUGGAAUGUCGCUGAACGCGUUUAAUGCCAGGAUCUAUACGACAGGAUAAGACUCCAUUUUAGCGCGUCAAACGACGAAGAGGUAAAGUUGUGAGCGGGGAACCGAAGAAACGUCGGACUGCACGCAACCGUCCGAUCGGUUCCGAGGAAUCGUUCGAGCCAGCGCUUUGGAUACCGCGUGUACCUGAUUAACGUCGGAUCGAGAACAUCUCGCGUCUCGCCGGCGCUGGAACCGUGGCCCUGUGUCACUCGGUCACAUGGGAAAAUGAACAUGGAAAUAUUGAAAACACGUGUAAAACGGGGAGGAGGAAGAAGAUGGUUAGAGAGAGGGUGUCGCAACAGACUUGAAAUAAUGCGAUGAACUUAGGGUUAGGGUUAGCCGGAUUUAACCCGGGCGGUGAACGAGCGAAUCGAAAUGAACGAGGUAUGUUCAGAAGAUAUCUCCUGAUACGACAGCCGCCGUUAUUAACGAGAGCGGAAGCAUUACCAGAUAUUAGGAAAGAAACGACACGUGACUCUUUUUAUUUUUUUUUGUAGUUAUGUCGCAGGGGGUGAACCUGAAAUUCUGGUAACUUCUCACUAAACACAUUAAUAUAAAAGUAUCGUUUCUGUUUUGGUUUUUGUUCAUAGCUGUGACGAUAAAAGCACUUGUGUGUGUAGAGUCUCUUCAGACUACAGCUAUGACACGCGUUCACACCUUUAAGCGUUCCUUAAUUAAGACAAUUUUCUUUACUCUUUUUUUUUUUUUUUUUUUUUUUUUUUUUUUUUUUGCCAGAUGAUCAUGUCAUUAAUCCGAGCAUUAGUACGCUCACUCAGUAUAAAAGCGAAUAUUUCACCGCCUCGGCCCAUAAUGCAACUCUGUAUAUAGGUAAAGGUCAAAGCUGAGAACGAUAGGCUGUAAAUACACUGUACAAAACUGUUUUGUAUCUAUUUUUGUUUCCUAUAAAAUGAUUGAACUCAAAUGGUUUAUUUGUCUGUUGUUGUGUUUUUCUGUUUCUCCAAACUGGGUUGCUUCUCCAUGGAGAAUUAAGGCUUUUAAAUUGUACGUGGAACGCUUUCUAUUCCAAAUUUUCGUACUCGUACUCCGGGCGGCCGUGGCUCAGGCGGUAGAGCGGGUGGUCCACUGAUCGUAGGGUCGGCGGUUCGAUUCCCGGCCCGCGUGACUCCACAUGCCGAAGUGUCCUUGGGCGAGACGCUGAACCCCAAGCUGCUCCCGAUGGCAAGUUAGCGCCUUGCGUGGCACCUCUGCUAGCAUUGGUGUGUGUGUGUGUGUGAAUGGGUGAAUGAGAACCAGUGUAAAGCGCUCUAUAAGUGCAGACCAUUUACCAUUUUACUCCUCCGUAUAUUAUUCUCCAAGGUCUCAUCUUCUCCCAUCUAGCCGAAGGUUAUAUACGAUGUAUAUCAAUCGAUUUAUUUCCAUUACAGUUUCAUAAAGUGUGAAAGAAAAAAAAAAAGAAAUAAAAUCAUGAAUCGUGCCAAUAUUCCUCAUGCUAUGAAGACGGAUAAUCCACCAGAAGUGUUGAACGUGACGAUGAGCGCUCCGGACCUCGUUAAACUAGCUAUAUUUAACUAUAUUUAUUUUAACUAUACUAGCUAUAUUUAGCUUGUAUUUUUGGGUGCUAAUUCCAGGUUAAGAUCGGAUCCAGUAGCUAACAUAAUUACCUAGGCAGAAUGUUCGAUUCUAGCUAAUAGGUAAAUAUUGUUUAUUUACACCGGGAUAUUUCACUUGAGUGUCGCAAGAUACUUCCGCUUUAAAUAAGUACGAUUUUCACUCAAGUCUAAUUCCUCAGUACUUUGUCCACACUUGAUUAAAAAUGAAUCUAGAAAAAUCGGUGAGCCAAUUCACCCCCCCCCCCCCCCC